AGCCCUUGGGUGGCAAGGGAAGGAGUUAGGCCCUUAUUUUGCCGGUAAUGAGAGCCGUGACAUGUGGCUGUAUAGGACUGUAGGGUGGCCCUCGCAGCAUUUGGGCUCCAGUCCCUGGGGUACAGAGAAGGCUCUGAACUUUGACCUCCAUCCCUCCAAGGUCAGGAGCUGCAGGAUCGGGCUCCAGGUCACCUGCAGGGUGAGUCCAGCCCCUGGAGCACAGGUGCUGAUGGCGGGGGGUCCUGUUCCUCUCCACAGGGCCUGGAGCAGCCCUCCCUCAACAUGGGGCUGGAGGCGCAGAGGCUGCCAGGGGCUGAGGAUGCCCCGGUGAGGGUGGCCCUGCGAGUCCGCCCGCUGCUGCCCAAGGAGCUGCUGCAUGGCCACCAGAGCUGCCUGAGGGUGGAGCCGGAGCACGGCCGGGUCACCCUGGGCCGGGAUCGCCACUUUGGAUUCCAUGUGGUGCUGCACGAAGACUCGGGGCAGGAGGCCGUGUACCAGGCCUGCGUGCAGCCCCUCCUGGAGGCGUUCUUUGAAGGCUUCAAUGCCACGGUCUUCGCCUACGGGCAGACGGGCUCCGGGAAGACGUACACCAUGGGGGAGGCCAGCGUGGCCUCCCUUCACGAGGACGAGCAGGGCAUCAUCCCGCGGGUCAUGGCCGAGGCCUUCAAGCUCAUCGAUGAAAACGACCUGCUCGACUGCCUCGUGCACGUGUCCUACCUGGAGGUUUACAAGGAAGAGUUCCGAGACCUGCUCGAGGUGGGCACCGCCAGCCGCGACAUCCAGCUUCGGGAAGACGAUCGUGGCAAUGUUGUGCUGUGCGGGGUGAAGGAAGUGGCCGUCGAGGGCCUGGACGAGGUGCUGAGCGUCCUGGAGAUGGGCAACGCGGCGCGGCACACGGGGGCCACCCACCUCAACCGCCUGUCCAGCCGCUCGCACACGGUCUUCACCGUGACCCUGGAGCAGCGCGGGCGCGCCCCCAGCCGCCUGCCCCGCCCCGCCGCGGGCCAGCUGCUCGUCUCCAAGUUCCACUUCGUGGACCUGGCGGGCUCGGAGAGGGUGCUCAAGACGGGCAGCACCGGCGAGCGCCUCAAGGAGAGCAUCCAGAUCAACAGCAGCCUCCUGGCCCUGGGCAACGUCAUCAGCGCCCUGGGCGACCCCCAGCGCCGGGGCAGCCACAUCCCCUACCGGGACUCCAAGAUCACCCGGAUCCUCAAGGACUCGCUGGGCGGAAACGCCAAGACGGUGAUGAUCGCCUGCGUCAGCCCCUCGUCCUCGGACUUCGACGAGACCCUCAACACCCUCAACUACGCCAGCCGCGCGCAGAACAUCUGCAACCGCGCCACGGGAGACGAGGGUGCGCUGCUGGCCCUGCAGAGCCAGGUCGCCCGGCUGGAGGAAGAGAACCGAGACUUUCUGGCUGCCCUGGAGGACGCCAUGGAGCAGUACAAGCUGCAGAGCGACCGCCUGCGUGAGCAGCAGGAGGAGAUGGAAGAGCUGCGGCUGCGGCUAGAGCUGGUGCGGCCGGGCUGGGGGGCCCCGGGGCUCCUGCGGGGCCUGCCUCCUGGGUCCUUUGUGCCCCGGCCUCACACAGCCCCCCUGGCGGGUGCCCGCCCCCAUGUGCUGGGCAUGGUGCCCCCCGCGGGCCUUCCUGGAGAUGGAGCUGGCCCUGAGAACUGGGGAGAGGUGGCCGAUGGCAGGGAGGCGGGGGCCACGCUGCUGGAAGAAGACAGGCUGGAAAAUGGCUCUUCAGCUGCAUCAGAGGAGCAGGAAGAGGGGGAGCCGGAGGAGGGGGAGGAGCAGUGGCCCCCCCGGCAGGCCCUGCACCUGCGCAGAAACGGGAUCAGCAAGUGCGGCCAGAGGGUGGAGGCCGGACCAGGGAGUCCACCCAGCAGGAAGGGCCCAGAGCUUCACCUCGAGGAGAUGGGUGCAGCCACCCUGGAGCCCAAAGGCGAGCUGGGUGGGAUGCAGAGAGGAGCCCAGCAGAAGAUUCGGGAACUGGCCAUCAACAUCCGCAUGAAGGAGGAGCUCAUUGGCGAGCUGGUCCGCACAGGGAAGGCAGCCCAGGCCCUGAAUCGGCAGCACAGCCAGCGCAUCCGGGAGCUGGAGCAGGAGGCCGAGCGCGUGCGGGCCGAGCUGAGCGAGGGCCAGAGGCAGCUGCGGGAACUCGAGGGCAGGGAGCCCCAGGAUGCGGGGGAGCGGUCCCAGCUGCAGGAGUUCCGCAGGAGGGUGGCCGCCGCCCAGAGCCAGGUGCAGGUGCUGAAGGAGAAGCAGCAGGCGACCGAGCGGCUGGCGGCGCUGGCGGCGCAGAGCGAGAAGCGGCUGCGGGAGCUGGAGCGGAACGUGCAGGUGAUGCGCCAGCAGCAGGCGCAGCUGCAGAGGCGGCUUCGCGAGGAGACGGAGCAGAAGCGGCGCCUGGAGACCGAGAUGAGCAAGAGGCAGCACCGCGUCAAGGAGCUGGAGCUCAAGCACGAGCAGCAGCAGAAGAUCCUGCGGAUCAAGACCGAGGAGAUCGCCGCGUUCCAGAGGAAGCGGCGCAGCGGCAGCAGCGGCUCCGUGUUCAGCCUGGAGCAGCAGCAGAAGAUCGAGGAGCAGAAGAAGUGGCUGGACCAGGAGAUGGAGAAGGUCCUGCAGCAGCGGCGCGCGCUGGAGGAGCUGGGGGAGGAGCUGCGCAAGCGCGAGGCCAUCCUGGCCAAGAAGGAGGCCCUGAUGCAGGAGAAGACGGGGCUGGAGAGCAAGCGCCUGCGGUCCAGCCAGGCCCUCACCGAGGACAUCGUGCGGGUGUCCAGCCGGCUGGAGCACCUGGAGAAGGAGCUGUCCGAGAAGAGCGGGCAGCUGCGCCAGGGCAGUGCCCAGAGCCAGCAGCAGAUCCGCAGAGAGAUCGACGCCCUGCGCCACGAGAAGGACUCGUUGCUGAAGCAGCGCCUGGACAUUGAUGGCAAGCUGCGGCAGGGCAGCCUGCUGUCCCCCGAGGAGGAGCGGACGCUGUUCCAGCUGGACGAGGCCAUCGAGGCCCUGGACGCUGCCAUCGAGUACAAAAACGAGGCCAUCACCUGCCGCCAGCGGGUGCUUCGGGCCUCGGCCUCCUUGCUGUCCCAGUGCGAGAUGAACCUCAUGGCCAAGCUCAGCUACCUGUCGUCCUCGGAGACCAGAGCCCUGCUCUGCAAGUACUUCGACAAGGUGGUGACGCUGCGGGAGGAGCAGCACCAGCAGCAGGUGGCCUUCUCGGAGCUGGAGAUGCAGCUGGAGGAGCAGCAGCGCCUGGCGUUCUGGCUGGAGGCGGCGCUGGAGCGGCAGCGCCUGGAGAUGGACCGGCAGCUGACGCUGCAGCAGAAGGAGCACGAGCAGAACGUGCAGCUGCUGCUGCAGCAGAGCCGAGGUGAGGCCGGGCCCGCCCCGCGCUCUGCCCCGGCGCCCGGUUGUGCGCGCUCGCAGGCCCCCCCUCGCCGCCCUCGCGGGGAGAAGCCCCUGUGCCCGGAGAGCAGACAGCCCCCCGGAAACGAGGAGCUCCACGCAGCACCCGAGCCGCUCUGGCAGCCGCCCCAGGCCGAGGGCGCCCCCCGUGCCCGGGAGGAGGUGCGGGACCUGGUGCACGCCCCGCUCCCGCAGACGUGGAAGCGCUCCAGCCUGGGCGGCGAGGAGCAGGGCUCCCCGGAGGAGCCCCCUGCAGGGCGAGUGCUGUCUGUGGGGGAGGCGGGUCUGCCCUGGAACCUCGGGUCCGCGCCUGUGGCCAGGCCCCGGCGGGAGCUGCGGAGGCCCAGCCCGGGCAUGAUCGACGUCAGGAGAAACCCCCUCUAGCCCGGCAGAGCCCCCCGAGGGACGGUGCGCGUCCAUUCUGCGAGGGAGUCCUCACCUCGCCCCACUCCAGGCCAGCUUCACACGACGGGUCAACCCACAUGAACUGGACUGUUUUUUGUGGUUUUUUUUUUUAAAGCAGACCCCCCACCACUCGCUUCCAUUAAGCGGAGGUGCCCACAGGCACCCCUGGCUUGUUUCAGGACAGCUCUGGUCUCUGUAUGUGCCUGAGUCCUGGGGCUCGGCCCAGGCUGCUCAUAGAACAGCCUGUGGUUUACGGGGUCGUGUACAUGGCGGGAAUUGGGAAACAUCACAUUUUUAAAAUUUUGUAAAACUUUUUUAUAAUAAAUGACAAGUGGGAAUUUUCA